CGCGCGCGUGAGCCCGAGUGUGCGGGCUGACAGCGGCGGGGCUGCUCGCAACUUUGCCCCAGCGGCCGGUGUGCGCGACCGGAGCUCGGCGGCGGUCCGCCAGCAGCCCUGCCUUUCUGCAUUUCGUGGCUUUCGGGGCGGGAGGCUGGAGGGAGUUUGCGACCACUUUGGCUCUUGAAAGUGUGCAGCGGGGGCUCUGUUGGGCUGGCCUCGCCGCUCGUGGGGGGCUGUUCGCUGAGGGGUGCGGGGUGCUUUGAGUUAUGGAUGCCUCGGCGUGUUUUCGUGCGGGCGUGUGUGUGCGUGUGUGUAUGUGUGUGUGACGACGUCUCAUUCUUGUGCAUGAACCCCGUGGUAAGAAAGAACACGGGAGUUUGUGCCCAUCAGCAGAGGCUGCCUGUAGUUUCCAUUCCGCCUGGCACCGCGCUCCACACGCACACACACAGUGUGCCGUGCAGGUGAAGCUGGAGCUGGGGCACCGCGCCCAGGUGAGGAAGAAACCCACGGUGGAGGGCUUCACCCACGACUGGAUGGUGUUCGUGCGCGGCCCGGAGCACAGUAACAUUCAGCACUUUGUGGAGAAAGUCGUCUUCCACUUGCACGAAAGCUUCCCUAGGCCAAAAAGAGUGUGCAAAGAUCCACCUUACAAAGUAGAAGAGUCUGGGUAUGCUGGUUUCAUAUUGCCAAUUGAGGUUUAUUUUAAAAACAAGGAAGAACCUAAGAAAGUCCGCUUUGAUUAUGACUUAUUCCUGCAUCUUGAAGGCCACCCACCAGUGAAUCACCUCCGCUGUGAGAAGCUUACUUUCAAUAACCCCACAGAAGACUUCAGAAGAAAGUUGCUGAAGGCAGGAGGGGACCCUAACAGGAGCAUUCAUACCAGCAGCAGCAGCAGCAGCAGCAGUAGCAGCAGCAGCAGCAGCAGCAGCAGUAGCAGCAGCAGCAGCAGCAGCAGCAGUAGUAGCAGCAGCAGCAGCAGCAGUAGCAGCAGCAGCAGCAGCAGCAGUAGUACCAGUUUUUCAAAGCCUCACAAAUUAAUGAAGGAGCACAAGGAAAAACCUUCUAAAGACUCCAGAGAACAUAAAAGUCCCUUCAAAGAACCUUCCAGGGAUCACAACAAAUCUUCCAAAGACUCCUCCAAGAAACCCAAAGAAAACAAGCCACUGAAAGAAGAAAAAAUAGUUCCUAAAAUGGCCUUCAAGGAACCUAAACCCAUGUCAAAAGAGCCAAAAGCAGACAGUAACUUACUCACCAUCACCAGUGGACAGCAGGAUAAGAAGGCUCCCAGUAAAAGGCCCCCCAUUUCCGAUUCUGAAGAACUCUCGGCCAAAAAAAGGAAAAAGAGUAGUUCAGAGGCUUUAUUUAAAAGUUUUUCUAGUGCACCACCACUGAUACUCACUUGUUCUGCUGACAAAAAACAGAUAAAAGAUAAGCCUCAUGUCAAGAUGGGAAAGGUCAAAAUUGAGAGUGAGACGUCCGAGAAGAAGAAGUCGACGUUGCCGCCGUUUGAUGAUAUUGUGGAUCCCAACGACUCAGACGUGGAGGAGAAUAUGUCCUCGAAGUCUGACUCAGAGCAACCCAGUCCUGCCAGCUCCAGCUCCAGCUCCAGCUCCAGCUUCACACCAUCCCAGACCAGGCAACAAGGUCCUUUGAGGUCUAUCAUGAAAGAUCUGCACUCUGAUGACAACGAGGAGGAGUCUGACGAGGCAGAGGAUAAUGACAAUGACUCUGAGAUGGAAAGACCUGUAAAUAGAGGAGGAAGCCGAAGCCGCAGGGUCAGCUUGAGUGACGGCAGCGACAGUGAAAGCAGCUCCGCCUCUUCACCCCUCCAUCAUGAACCCCCACCGCCAUUAUUGAAAACUAACAACAACCAGAUUCUUGAAGUGAAAAGUCCAAUCAAACAAAGCAAAUCAGAUAAGCAAAUAAAGAAUGGUGAAUGUGACAAGGCAUACCUAGAUGAGCUGGUAGAGCUCCACAGAAGGCUAAUGACACUGAGGGAAAGACACAUUCUGCAGCAGAUCGUGAACCUUAUAGAAGAAACUGGACACUUUCAUAUUACAAAUACAACAUUUGAUUUUGAUCUUUGCUCGCUGGACAAAACUACAGUCCGUAAAUUACAGAGUUACCUGGAAACAUCUGGAACAUCCUGAGGAUACAACAACUGGAUACAUCAAAAACUAUUUUUUUUUGGUUGUGAUUUUUUUUGUUGUUGUUGUUUAUAUGAAAACACUCAGAAUGAUACAACCAAAAGGGAAAAAAAAUAAAAAUCAAACAACCUUCAGCUUUAUUUUUCUUUAAAGCCAGUCAUCAUCUCUUGAUAAAGGAGAGGUUACGCAAACCAGCCUCAGAGGACGCACCUCUCCAAGGAAAUCCCAGGAAGAGUUAGCCUGGCUAGCCUUGAAAACACGCAGCCGCAACACAAGAAAACUUAAGGAAUGUGUAUAGUACCAUGGAUCUUUCUGUGGUGGUUCAUUCCACAGGACGAAUGCAUAUUCAACACACUGCCUUAUUACAUAACUGAUCUAUUUAUUACCACAUACAGAUAAAAUUGUGAGGGGAUGACACCACCAGAUAUUCUCAGUACUUGGUCCCAUGGAUGCUCUUUCAAUGCAGCAGCGCCCUUGCCGCCCCAAGCCCAGUGACCUUACUCGAAUACCGUGCCACUCUCCGCCGACUUUCUCCAAGUCCUUUCACUUGUUGCAGUCUAUGUUUUUCACCUUUGUUUUUUCCAGUUCCAGGACACAGUUGUCCACUGGGGGGGCGGACCAAAUAGCCACCUUGAUUUUCUUCCUUGUGGUCUUUUUUCCUAAAAGUUGAGGCCCAGUCCUUGGCUGUAUCCAUGUAAUGAUCUUGGACGUGGUAGAUGUACCAAAUAGGAUCAUUUGAUUUGCUGUCUAGCCUUAGUCAAUAAACCUGUAGGACUUUGAACAAAAGUGUACCUGUCCUGUCCACGGUCCAGCCCUGGUGAGCUGUGACUAACACUCCUGUGUCUCUUUUACUGUUGCAAUGUUAGGUGAGUAUGGAGGUAAAGGCAUUCCACAGAGUCAUCGUCGUCAGAGGGAUUCUGGUCCUGCUUUCUAAAACAGCAGUGUAGACAUUCUUCAUUUGGACCUAUUUAUUAGUGAACAUUCCACCUGUCUUCAGCUGCCAGGGUGGUACUCAUUUCUCCUGAAAACAAAACAAAAACAGGAAUCAGAGUUUGGGGGUUUUCUUUUGUUUUGUUUUUGGUUUGUUCUCAUAUGAUUGAUUCUCUUAGGCUCUUUUAUGUUUGAGAAAUUAAAACCUUUCUUUGGGGGAAAUUCUCGGUUAUUCUGCCAUGACAGACGAUGUAUUAACUUGUAGAUUUUGUAUCUGUUUAGUCUCUUGCUGAUGUUUCCUGAAGGACUUCCUGUAUAGGUGAAGGUAAAGGUAGUUGGGAUGGGGGAGAGUCUAGUCCUUGUUGUUCCUUUGUUUUGAAAUUAGAAGUCUGUCCUGUGGCAUGCAGAAGAAGGCAAAUUAUUUUCAAAAGAAAAAGAAAAAAAAAAGUACUUUUGGUGUUAUUAUUCUACACUCCCUGUGGUGGAGGAAUCCCAAGUUAGAGCAGCCAGCCUUCCACAUUACCAGAACUCAGCUGAAAAGAACAGAAAUGAAGAACUACUUCUGGAUCCAAAGGUUCGCCACUGGAUCAGCCUUAAGAAAGUCUCUAUGUGUGCUAACAGCCUAGUGUCCCCCACAUUUGUUCCCACGACAGAUGCUGUCCUUUCAUUCAGAGAUUAACUAGUGUCUGCACAGAAAAUGGUCUUCCCAGACCCGUUCUUUCAGGCGGUAAUGUAAAUGCAGAUUAAUAAUGGAGCGAUUUCUGCAUUUUAAAAAGGAGAUUUUUUUACACUGUUUCUUUCUAUCCAAAGAAACUAUUUUUUUCUUUUUUUUAAAAAAAAUGAUAAAACAGCCAUGGUCUUUGUAAAUCGCUUUCCUGCAGUGUCCUCCUAGAGGACAAGUGUAUAAAAUUUCAAGAAUGUUAUGAUUCCUCAUGAUGAUUGGCAUGAGUCGUACUUGAAGCAUUCGGUGUGUAGUCCACUCUUUGGUGUACAGUUGCAUAGAUAUGUACCACGUCAUUUUGGACAGUAGGUGGUUGAUGGACUAUGUGGUUUUAGUUGUGUUUUAUUUCUGACUUCACAGGUGACAAGAAAAACAAUGUUUUCAACAUUCAUAGAUCUUUUCCAGUUUCUAACUGCAAAUCCACAUAUUUUCAUUAAACUAGAAAAGUAAGUGGUUUAACUAAUGUAUCUGUAUAAUUUAACUAGAAACAUACAUAUGCAGUUUGGGCCAUUUUUAUCUUUACAACCAAAUUAUGUGGUGAAAUAUGAUUUGGCUUUUUGUUGUUGUUGUUGUUCCUAAAGUUACGGAGGAACUAAGAUUAAAAAAAAUAUUACCCCACCACCUGAUGCCCAAAGAAAUAAAAUUUAAAGGGGUGGGAGUAAGAAGAAAGGCAGCUAUUGUAAUGACAACAUUAGAGCUAGAACAUUAGCUAAUGCAGAUGUCUUCAGAAUAUCAUGAAAUGUGAGUUUGUAUAUGGAUAACGAAAUUCAGAACAACUUCUUCCCGAUCUUUUACCCAGACAGCAAAAUGAAUUUCCUGUAAAAUUCUGGCAGAAUAAGAGUCAUGCUGUAGAAUUAGUCUUCUUUGGAAUGGUCCUCCUGCUCUUGGCAUAUGAUUUGAAAACACAGAAGUAAUGAGUCACAUUCAACUUCUCUCAAAGAGGUGCCACGCAUCUCCAGAAGCAGACCACUCCCUUCUGCCACAUCUGUGUACACUCACUUUGGAACCCUGUUAAGAAUAUUUUGACAUGUGUACCCUAACAGUGGCUUUGGUCUUUUAAGCACAAAGGGGAAAUGGCAGGGUUUAAUUUCAUAUAUAUAUACAUAUAUAUGUUUUGAAUAAAAUUAAUUGGGUGAAUGUGAAUAUGGUUUGAACCAACAAGAGUAUGAUAAACUACCAUUAAUUUUUUUUAUUCUGUGAUUUGAGGAGGAAAAAACUAUGUACAGAUCCCACACACACGCAUGUACUUAUAAAUUAGUUUUUGAUUUUUGAUUUGCAAUAGGUAUGUGUGUGUGUGUGUAUGAGGGGGGCUUCUCCUAUCUUAGGAUACACCAAUCAUGUUAGCAGCAAAAGUGUAUACAGUUACUUCAUAUCAUCACCAUAGUCUGCCCCUUCUCUUAGGUAACAUAGCUAUAUAUCUGUGUCAAAAUUAGGGAAAGCAUAAAAGUUAUGAAUCAGGAGAUGACUUUAGAUAAAAAAAAAAAUUUGGUAAGCAAACCUCUAAUCUGAAUAAUUACCUGAUUUGUGGAAAUAGCCAAUAAUUUUUUUUUAUUUUUCUUUUAUCAAAACCAAUUGUUGCUGAUACUUUUUGCAGGUAUACCAACCUAAACUUAAAAACAACAACAAUUAUUAGGUCUGCAUAACAUCCCAUUUACCAUUUCAAGCCCUACAAAUGUAGUUACACACUUGUUUAAGAGCGAUUUUACUCUUAAAUGCUUUAACUCUACCUAUGUAAUGAGUUGGUUGUUCAGUGUUGAAUUGGUCAAUGUCUGUGCUUGGUGGCUUGUGUUCAUUUUUCUCUCUGUGGAAGUGGUCAGCUCUAGAGUAAUUUGCUGUAUGCUUAUUACUUUCCACCUUUAGCGUUUUGUGUACUAAUGCUAUGUAUUCCUAUAUUUAUAUAUAUACAUAUAUUAUCAGAAUAAUCUUGCUUUGGACUGUUGCUCUCAAACUAUGUCUACAGCUGCAAAGAAUGUGGCGGAAUCAAUUCCCACGGUGUAGGUUAGUCUUGGGCUGGAAGUCUACAUCUUUCAACCUCCUCUGUUUCAUAUGAUGCUUUUCAUUAUGUAGGCACCGCCAUCCGGAAUAUUCCUUGUAAAGAUGCAGUUGAUUUCAAAGGAAGACAAAGCCACUGCUGUCUGUAAACUGUAAAUAUGUAUUUUGGCACUUGUACUCCAGUAUUCUGAAAACAGAGUUAUGAUGGAAAUGCUGACAGAUCUUUGAUGGUGGCCAGUGCUACCCUUCAGUGCAAAAAUAAAUUAAGUGAAAAUGUAUUCCGAGA